AUGACGACUAGAGGAACCGCCCUGUUGGGGGAGUUGCUCGCCCGACGAACCUCCCGCCGCUCCGCAGCAUCUGCUCCCGACACGCCUCUCACUUUGGAACAAGGACACUUAUCCCUCGGCCUCGAUGCCAAAGUGCUCGAUGGCGACCGGGUUUAUGAUCAGAAGUUCCCACAAGGACAAGAAUCCUAUGUCAGAGCUAGAUGGGUAGUCCGAGGGAUCAAGCUGGCAAACGACACGGAUAUCCUCCUGACUGGGGCUAGCUACUUCCUGAACGGCAAUAACUACUAUCGAGCUGCCAAGGCUAUCAAUGUUCGUCUAAGUAGAGCCGUAUCAGCCUCGAAAGCUCAGUCUCGCCAGACACAUAUCUUACUUACCACGCUACAACAAACAACAACUAUCUUCACAGGUGUGACCCUUGUUGGAUUGGAUUGGAUCUCUUACGUCGAGCUGUCUAUCAAACGUCUCCUCAUCCUUUGCUGGCUGCAAAUGCCUGCGCAGAUGACCAUAUCGAACGUGGCCGGGAGACUGCUAAUACCCGAAUUAAAGGAAACAUCAUCUUGGAAGGCCGCUGCUUGGAGUGCCAAGCCUCCCUGA